CGACGCUGUGCCGUCUCUCGCCGAACAGGCGUCGGCAGCGUCCGGAUUCGACGCUGUCCCAGAAGAAAUUUGUUGGUGGUUCUACUUAUUAACUAAUACGAUUUGUAACUAUUGAUGGUAUUCAUGUUGAUGCCGAGUGCGAACUAGGGGCGGCGAUGUUCGGGAGCAAACUUCGAUCAUGGAUGGAAGCCGUGAGGCCGCGCAAAAAACAGCACCGGAAAGAAAAGCAGAGUAAAACAAAUCUCGGCACGAACGCGGUUUCAGCCUCAAAUUGGCAGAACGGAGAUAGUUGCAGGUCAUCGCAAGAUGAUCUACUGGUUGUUGAGAAGGGGAAUCGGAAAAUCGGAAACGGUGCCUUGGCCGAAUCGGGUCAGAGUAACCAAGGGCCUGCAACGCGAUACUCGGCCAAUAACUUAUCUUCUCCAGAAUCGGCUUACUCCACGGGCUAUUCCACCGACGGGACGUCACCCGGCGCGCCCCCGGACUACUACAUAAACAUCCGCACAGGCGUUAAAUAUUUUCCAGCUGAAGGAGACCGGUACCACGAACAGCAGUUGAGGUACCUGCAACAAAAACGCGUAUCUAACGGGAACGAGACGGAGGUAUCUUUGCGGGCCAAACCUUUGACCCCGUCUUCGACAUGUUUGUCCCCGCCGGUUACCAUUCAUCACCGGCCCCCGAACAUGCAGACGCAAGAGGUGGAGAGGGUGCUCCCAGUGCAAUCACGUACGACCCCCGCAUUCCAGUGUAGUAGUGGAGUAACCCCUACUAGAUUAAGCGAAGUUGUUGCUAGUCCCGUUCUAACGUCACCAAGACAACGCAACCGGAUUAGAACAAAUCCGUGGGUUCCGGGAAGCACUCUCAGUCCGGGGCAAAUCCGACAAGAAAUGCCGAAAAUCACGACCCCCGCACCCUCCACCGGAAGCCCAAUUUCGCGCCGGUUUUUGAGCCCAUCGACGGUCCGCGGACCAAAUAUACGAAAUCAGUCGCUUUCGUCGUCGUCUUGUUCGUCUUUGAGCGGAGCCAGUGUCCACUGGGAUGCGAAAAAACCAUCAGGAAGCGACGAAGACGACUGUACUCUAAACGAGAUGAUGGGGAAGUACGACGAGAGUUACGUAUACGAGAAAGAAAAUGAUAUUCUUAGCGAUAGCGAUCCAACUGAUUGUGAUACGGAUAUAGAUACGGGUCAAGAUGGAGGAGACGAGGAUGAACCGGUGGAAGGAGAGUUUGAUUUUAUCGAUAAUGGGUCGUACCUAGAGCUCGAUCCUAGAGAAGAUCGCAAUACUGGCCAUUGCACUUAUUAUAACUUUGAGGUUCCACGAAAAGCGUCUAGAAGACGUACCACUCGUCGGAGUAAACAGUGUAGCGAGAAGAGACGCAGGUCGAGUUCUAACAAAAAGCGACACAAGCAACUAGAGCGUUCCGUGAACGUCCAGCUGAACGGUUCUAAGAGCGCUGGUGCUACCCCUUUGUCCGUCCGCCGCAGUAAGCACCACCCGAUGUCUAAGUUGGCCCUAGAUGAUUGCCUGAAAAAACGGUCUAAUUCCAUCAGCUUCAGCCGAGAAGAUACCCUUUCCACCAUCGAUAAAAGAGAUAAAGAAGCCGAUCAGAAAUAUCGCGAAUUGAUCGUCGAAGCCGAGCAUAUAUUGCGAAGCAUGAAGACUAACGGCCUAUCUCCGAGGCGCGUUCCCGGUCCCGCAAAUAAGCGAGUGGAAAUCCUACGUAACACAGAAUGUGCCAAACCGGAAUUAUUCAUGAAGAACAGACUGAUAGAAGAACCAGGCCCACCAUUUACAAAAAUACCGUCCAAUAAUUUUAAUUGUCCCAGAUUUAGUCCUAAGCGCAACCACAUCACUAACUUUAUGAUCAACAAUUCGCCUGCUUUGAUGAGAAGAGAAAUGGAAUAUCCAACGUCCCCGCUUGCCAAAAGACCGGAGUCGCCCAAAUUGAGCCGAAGCCAUAAUAGGAGUGACGCAAACAGACGCAGUCCCAAAUACCGGAAGAAAUCAAAUAAGCCGAAAUUACAAGAAUGUCCCAGCUCGAGCAGUGAUUCCGACGCGGACGGGGCGGGGAAGAAUAAAAAUUCCGGUCACGCAACACAAACAGAUUCCUUGGGUUUCGGAUGUCCUCAGAGCGAGCCGGUCAGAAGGAAAGUUUAUUCAGGCCGGGGAAAAACUGUUGCUUUUAAUCUCAAUUACGAAAAUGUUUGCAACAAUGUUACAGAUUCCCCCACCCGGGUUCUCGAAACGCAAGACUAUAAAAACAGUGCGGAAAAUCUGAGGCAGCAAGUUUUAAUGAACACCAUCGCCAGCUUGAAGAAGAGUUUGGAGGAUCAGUCGGCUUCGUUGAAGCAGGUGUACAGAAGUUCCCAUAAUAUACAUUUAUAAGUUGCAGGAAUACAGAUAUAUUUAUAAUUUUAUACCAAAUUGAUGUUCAAAACAAACACCACGUAGUUGCUAGGAGAGACACGAUUUUGUUCAUUCCCAUGGCGUAUAAGCUGCUGAAGCAAGUAUCACUGGAGGUUUAGUACUUUUAUCACGCAUUAAUCCGUGUAGUUGUUAACAUAUUUAAACAGACGUACUUAUCGGUAGCGUUUUUUUCCAAACCAGAGUAGAGUUUUGGGUUGAAGUAGAGACAAUAUUAGAGAUUAGAUGACGUAGAAAAAUACUAAUGUAGGUUCUUGUCGGCUCACUUUUCUCUCUUUCUCACAGGUGUAUUUUUGAUAAGGCGAAGGAACGGGUACCUUAGUUGCGCCGAUACAAAUGUUAUUGAUUUGCAGAGUCAUAAAACAAAUGUUUAUUGAUUAACCAGUUGUCAUUUUAAGUGGGCCACAAUCAAUUAUGUAACAAUAUUGGAUAGUAAAAUAAUGUAGUACAAUUUAGUAUAAUUUGAAUGUGGUAUUUGAAUCGGACUAAUAAUCUGUGAAUAUCAUCUUUGAUUACGUUGUUUCUGGAGUAAAUACGGCCUGAUUAACCAUUGUUAAUUUUUGACUCUAAUUUUAGAUGUAGUUGAAUUAUGGCAGUAAAUGUUAAUUUGUUAUUUCCUGCAGAAGGAAAUGUUAUUUUGAAAAAAAAUAACACUAAAAUCGAUCAGUACUUUGACUGAACGACUCCAAAUGAACGUUUGGGGUUUAACUCAGAACGCAUUCCCUGUUAAAACUGUGCUAUUCUACUGAUAUAUUUUUAAUAUAUGUAUUUUUAUAGGCACUAAUCGAAUACGUUACGCCUAUAUGCAUAUUCGUUAUUUGAAAUGUGCCUGUUUUGACUCUCAAUUUUAACUCCACAGCUAAGCUAUCACCGUAUUCAUGUUGUGAUUCCUGAAUUGUUAAAUUUUUCAAAUAUUCAUCUGUAAAUAAAAUAAAGAAAAUGGAAUUUC